UUCUUCUUGUUGCCGUUUCUCCCUUCUCCAACAAGCCAAAGUUCAAGAUUUUUGCGAAAUCUUUACUUCCUAUCUUAAUUUUUUAAGGAAUUUUCACAAGCAGGUGGGAGUCUUGAGAGAUCAUUGAUCAUAAACAAUGAAGCCGGAAUCAAAGAGAGUUCCCAAAACUCACACUUACUCCCAUCGCUUUAAUUCCAGCAAUUCUAAGCUGGAAAAAACAGCUUCCUGUUUUGACUUCAGCAAGCUAUUGGAGGCUCUAAAUGUUGCACAGGAAGAGGUUACUAUAGGAGCUGUUGUAGACAAUAGUAUUAAUGCUUCUUCUUCAUCUAAUGCCAUUAAUAAUGUUGCCAACCAAGAAGGGACUACCACUACUACUUCUACUUCUACUACUUAUGACUUGAGUAAGCUCUCAGAGGCACUGCAUGUCAUUCAAGAGGAAAAGAAGAAACAGCUUUUGCAUCUCAUUCAAGAGGAAAAGCAGAAAAAGCUUUUGCUUGUCACUCAAAAGGAACAGCUUUUACAUGCAUUCUUGAUGAGAAUGAUGAGAUGCAAGGCUUAUACUCAAGUGCUUUUAACGUGUCCGUAUUCUAAGAUCAAACCGGGUACCCUCAAUCCGCAAAUGAAGAAAGAAAGAUGUUUAAGGAUUUUAUAUAUCCUUAGGAAGAGCCGAAGAGAGGCAAGAAUCAUCAGUUAACAAAAAAACGCUUCAAGUAACUGAACAGCAAUGUGCAAUUCUAAACGGUGUAAGCAACUAUUGUGAGAACUAAAAUAGUCUAUUUGG